ACUUGUUUGGAACAGCCUUAGUUUGAGGCAGAUUCUGAGUGGAUUAACUUGGCGACGAUAAUAACUAGACGAUACUGCAGUCGCUUGAAAAAUGCCCCGACGCGGAGAUUUAUCGCUCAAGUCCGGCACUCAAGUGAAGAAUGUCUCGGGCACGGGUAAUGACAAACCAUCGGGACGCCAUCACAGCACGUGGAAGCAAGCAUACGUGGGGAAUGACGAACGACAAUGGCCGAGCAAGUGUCGCGUCAAGAAUUGCAAUGAACCUGCAAAUGGGGGCGGCCAUGUGCGCGUGCAGGGAAAACGUGAUGUUUAUAUUGUGCCUAUGUGCGAUAAGAAACACAACACUGCUCACGUGAAUGAUUGGUUACCUGUGAAGCAAGGGACCGUUGCCCAGCCUGUUGGGCAAAGGGAGCACUCUGGGGGAAGGCAGAGCCAAAGCGAAACACCAGUCAACGAGAAUGAAUCUUGGUGUGUGAUCAUGUGAAUAUAUUAUUAUACCGUCUCCUCCCUUCAUGAGAUCUUUUGGGAACUUUAUUUUUGAUAUGAUAUGGUAAUAGUUUGUAUAAAUAGAUGUUUUUAGUAUUUGAAUUUAUUGUUGGUGUAAUUAUAUAUAUACUGUAUAAACUGAA